AUUGUUUAAUCCAUCCAUCACCCACUCACAAUUUCACCAAGAUUUCAUUCAUGUACUCUAUAUGGUGUGAAUAAUGCAUACAAGCACAUUUCUUUCUUACCAUCAAUUUAUUUAAUUUACCAAAAAAAACAGAAGCAGCAACCAUUAGCAUAAGAAAAACAAUAGGAGUAAUAUUUUGGGAUAUUAUUGAGAUGUGUGAGUGAAGGAAGGAAGGAGGGAGGGAAGGAUCCGUGUAAUUGACUUCAAUUCCCAUAAAUACAUGUAAUUUUGAUUUUUCUUUCCAGCCAAUCCAGAACGACGCUGUUCACAUUUAUAGAUUGCAUUCGUUUCUGACACAACGUUUGAUGUCAUUGGAGUUUUCGGAGGGAGUUUGAGGCUGAGGCGGAGGAAACUUGGGGUGGGGUUCUCAUACGCAUCGAGGCUUUAUUCCUGGGAAGAUGAGGCCACCUAGGAGGCCGAUCCAAGCUGUGAUUGGAUGGGUGCGGCGGCAGCCGCCCAAGGUCAAGGCGUUUCUCGCCGUUAUCAGCGGCAUGGCGGCGCUUGUCAUCCUCCGCGCGAUUGUGCACGAUCAUGACAAUCUCUUUGUUGCGGCGGAGGCGGUGCACUCCGUCGGGAUUUCGGUUCUUAUUUACAAGUUGAUGAAGGAGAAGACUUGCGCCGGGCUUUCUCUCAAAUCCCAGGAGCUGACGACUAUCUUUUUGGCCGUUAGAUUAUACUGUAGCUUUGUAAUGGAAUAUGAUAUACAUACAUUGCUUGACUUGGCAACACUGGCUACAACGUUGUGGGUUAUUUUUAUGAUCCGUUUCAGGCUAAAGUCAAGUUACAUGGAGGAUAAAGACAAUUUUGCACUAUAUUAUGUGGUGGUUCCUUGUGCUGUUUUAGCUUUACUAAUCCACCCAUCUACAUCACAUCACAUCAUCAAUAGGAUUGCCUGGGCUUUCUGUGUCUAUCUUGAAGCUGUUUCUGUUCUCCCUCAGCUGCGUGUCAUGCAAAAUACUAAGAUAGUUGAGCCAUUUACUGCUCACUACGUUUUUGCAUUGGGGGUCGCCAGAUUCUUGAGCUGUGCUCACUGGGUCCUGCAGGUUUUGGAUAGUCGCGGUCAUCUCCUUGUGGCGCUGGGCUAUGGACUUUGGCCAUCAAUGGUUCUUCUAUCAGAAAUUGUUCAAACCUUUAUUCUGGCCGACUUCUGCUAUUACUAUGUGAAAAGUGUAUUUGGUGGCCAGCUCGUGCUCCGACUUCCUUCUGGAGUAGUGUAACCGGUUGUUAAUCUAUCCUGGGGUGUUUUUGGACUCUACUUGUUUAGCAGAAAAGGCAUCGGAUGAGGUGUAAGUUUUGGGAAUUAGAGGCAAAUGGAAUAUAUAUUAUUUAAGCGAAAUUUAACUUAACCCAAUCAGAUGGAUCUGCUUGAUUGUAUCUCUCUACUGAUUUGAUUUCGAAGAGGAGAUUUCAUGGCA